UAUAAGUCCGGCUAACAAAACGCGCUGUCCAAACACAAUGAAAAGACCGCGCGCGCACGGUCGUCAAACGGAUUUGGGCAAACGCGGCACGUGAGCGCGCGCUCACUCUUGAGCAGGACACCGGGCAGGGUGCGUUCCGCCGAUCCUCCCCCGUCCCUCCCCUCGGCGGGCAGAUCGCCUGCGCCUCUGACGACAGCCAGUCGCACGGCGUGGUGAGCGCGAGGCUGUGGAGAAACCGCGUCAAGGAGCGAGGACUGCGCGCCUGCAUCGGAGACCGUGUGCGUGGGAGUUGUCGCCCCCCCCCCCCCCCUUCUCUCUCUCUCUCUCUCUCUCUCUUUCUCUCACAUACUCUCUGUGUCUCUGUAUCUCUGUCUCAUCACCUGGCAUUUCCAUCGCUCCUUUUUCCUCCACACUCGUUUGGACGCGAGUCCGGUUGCCCGCCAGGUCCCGUUGCCGAGGGAGGAGCGCCCGGUGAGCGCGUUUGUGCGUGCGUGUGGGCUGCGCGCUGUUUUUUUUUUCUUUCUUUUUUUUUCCUCAACUCCAGCUGUCUGCCGAGAAAACCGCCGCACUGCCGUAGUGGAGGAACUCCCCGGCAAUCCGCGACAAAUUUGAGUGCUUUUUCUCUACCCCGCGUUCGCUUUGACGCGGUGUCUGAAGGCGAUGGACUCGAGGCUGCGCGUGUCGGUUUGAUUGUUUCGGUGGCCGGGAGUCGCCGUCGGGGACGAAAUAAUGCGAGAGGAUGCUCGGAAGCAGUGAAGGAAACAGCAGGUAACCGAUAAGAUGGCGGCCAGGGAAGCGACUGGGCACAGCUACCUGGUGGCUUGUUGGCAGCCCAUUCUGAUCCUGAUGCUGGGCACUGUACUCUCUGGCUCCACCACAGGCUGUCCGUCCCGCUGCGAGUGCAACGUUCAAGAGCGCUCCGUGAUGUGCCACCGCAAGAAGCUCAUGACAGUCCCUGAGGGCAUUCCUGCAGAAACUAAACUGCUGGACCUCAGCAAGAACCGCAUCAGAACCAUCAACCCAGACGAGUUUGGCAUCUUCCCCAACCUGGAGCACCUGGAGCUCAGCGAAAAUACGAUCUCCACCAUUGAACCUGGAGCCUUCAACAACCUUUACGGCUUGCGGACAUUGGGCCUGCGUAGCAACAAGCUCAAGCUGAUCCAGCUGGGGGUCUUCACAGGCUUGAGCAAUCUCACACAGCUGGACAUCAGUGAGAACAAGAUUGUCAUCCUGUUGGACUACAUGUUCCAGGAUUUGUACAACCUGCGAUCUUUAGAGGUGGGUGAUAACGACCUGGUUUUCAUCUCUCACCGGGCUUUUCAUGGCUUGAGUAGCCUCGAGCACCUGAGUCUUGAGAAGUGCAACCUGUCCUCUGUGCCAACGGAGGCGUUUACCCACCUCCACAGUUUGAUCACGCUCAGGCUGCGCCUUCUCAAUAUCAAUGUCAUACGGGAUUAUUCCUUCAAAAGGCUCUAUCGGCUAAAAGUGUUGGAAAUAGCCAAUUGGCCAUACCUGGAUACGAUGACUCCAAAUUGCUUGUAUGGAUUAAAUCUGACCUCCCUGACCAUUGCAAACGCCAACCUGACCACAAUUCCCUAUGUGGCCUUGCGGCACUUGGUUUAUUUGCGCUUUCUAAAUCUUUCAUAUAACCCCAUCCAUACCAUUGAGGGGAACAAGCUACACGAUCUCUUGCGUCUGCAAGAAUUUCACCUGGUCGGGGGUAGACUUGCAAUGAUUGAGCCCUACUCUUUCCGUGGUCUCAACUACCUGAAGAUCCUUAAUGUAUCUGGAAACUCUCUCAGCACCUUAGAGGAGUCCGCUUUCCACUCAGUCGGCAACCUCGAAACCCUUGCCCUGUACGAUAACCCACUGGCCUGCGACUGCCGACUGUUAUGGGUUUUUCGGCGACGCUGGAGGCUGAACUUCAACAGGCAGCAGCCUACCUGCGCCUCCCCCGAGUUCGUCCAAGGCAAAGAAUUCAAAGACUUUCCGGAUGUCCUGCAGCCAAACUACUUCACGUGCCGCAAGUCCAGGAUUAAAGAUCGCAAACCCCAGCAGAAGUUUGUCGACGAGGGAGCCAUCGUUCAUUUCGCUUGCCAGGCGGACGGAGAUCCCGCCCCGUUGAUAAUGUGGCUCUCCCCGCAGAAAAAGUUCAUCACCUCCAAGACCAUCGGGAGGCUCUCGGUCUUGCCGGACGGCACCCUCGAGGUUCGAUACGCCCAGAUUCAAGACAAUGGCACAUAUGUGUGCAUAGCUAGCAACGCCGGGGGAAACGACACCUCCCUCGCUCACCUGCACAUUCACAGCUACUCGCCCGACUGGCCACACCAGCCCAACAAAACCUUUGCCUUCAUCUCCAACCAGCCCGCAGAAACCGGCGGCAACGGCACAAGAGCCAACGCCCCUUUCCCCUUCGAUAUAAAGACGUUGAUCAUUGCCACCACAAUGGGCUUCAUCUCUUUCCUCGGCGUCGUCUUGUUUUGCCUGGUGCUGCUCUUCCUCUGGAGCAGAGGCAAAGGCAACACCAAGCACAACAUUGAGAUCGAGUAUGUGCCCCGGAAAUCGGACGCUGGCAUGAGCAGCGGCACGGUGGAUGCUCCUCGCAAGUUUAACAUGAAAAUGAUUUAACGGAGCUAGUUUCGGCCACGACAAAAACAAGACGAAUGGAAAAGAAGACAUUUUCUUUACCCCAUUACGAAAUUGUGGAUUCUGGUCUAUUAACAUUUUUCUUUUUCUUUUUUUGACCGAAGAACUAGGAAGGAAGGCAGUUCUUGACUUUCGCAAAUGAGAGGGAACAAAAGCACAUCCACCGCUACGGCUAUUGGUGGCUCCUACAAGGCCUUUAGGGGCAUUAAUUGGAAGUCAAAUUUGUCAUAAACAGUUCAUACUCCUGCAGAUUUAUACUGGGAAAAAUAUAUCGGAAAGAAAAACACUUCAAACAACCGUAAUGCGAGGGGCAGAUCAUAGUUUGGCCAUAGCUGUUUUGUGUCUGUAUCUUUAAUUUACCGUUUGUUCUCUUUUUUGAUCGCCAAGGUUAGAUGUCAAGUUAUGAGUGAGAUUUAUCUGGGUUGAUGAGCACAUUUAUACAAAGUUGAUGCAUUCAAACUACUUCAUCAUUAUUAUAUGUGCUCAAAUUGGUCUGUUUUCUGUAAUUCUGUAACAUGUCUGUAAUCCAUCAAAUGUACAGUAGGUCUGUGUCACAAUACCUGAGUUUUAAAAAAAGCGGUUUGCAAAAAUACUGUUUCGGGGAAUACAACACUUUUAUGUGUACUAUAUGAAAGCGGAUUUUAAUUUCACACCAUUUAUAGAAAGUACAAUGACGAAUAAUGUUUACAUGGGUCAUAAUGUAACGUGAAAUGUGGAAUAAACAAAUGCAAGUGCUCGGCAAAUGCGUGCACGGAGCGAUAUACAAAUACAUCUCUGCAACUUUUACUAUUGAUACCAAUUCUCACAACCGUAAGUUUGAAUAGACAAACAGUAUUUAGUGGUCUAAACUAGCAGCAAAUUAGCUUGCUCAAUGUGGCUUUUAAUAUUGGAUUCGAGCAUUUGGGAAAUGCUUUAAUGAAACAUGCUGCGCCCAGUACAUGACAUCAGUAUCAGUGUCACUCAUCCUUAAUUCUCAUAUGUAAGCCAGACAGGGCCCUCACAUGGAUGGAGGGCAUGAUGCAGAAGGAAAUGUGAGAUGCUGCUGAUGGGGCUCUGUUAAAAGAAUAAAUGCAACAUCCAUCCUGCGGCUUUACCCUUCUAAAAAAAAAAAGAUUGACAUUGAUACCCUAAUACAACAGUGUAAGCGUUUACCCCACAUUGUUUUCAAGACCUUUCAAAAAAUAAUAUGAAAGCAGUUUUUUGCUCAACGCGAUUGUGAGGAACAAAGGUUGUGGUGCCCGCAUUUUUGGGAUAUAAUGUGCUCCUCAAGCUGUAGAAUAAUUUCUUUCAUUGUUGGUUAUUUUUUCUUGAUUGUUUUUUGGAGAUCAAAGGUUUAUUUGUGCCGAUGCUCCCCUCGUUAAAGCCACGGAAAUAGGACUUUCCAGGAUAAUUUCCAGGUUGGCUAUUCCCAGGAUAUGUGCAAUGUUUGUCAGGGGAAAAAGAACUGUGCAUAGUACGCUCCUAGUUAUUCCUGCAUAUAGAAUCUGAGGUUACAGCCUUUUCAUCCUUUUCAAGUGCACACUGUGGACAGCUGGGCGUGUGUGAGGAAGAAAAAAAAAAAAAGGCUAAGUUAUUUAUGAUGGAUGACAUUACAGACAACAACAGCGCAGCAACGGGCUGCAAGUAUGGACAGAAUAUGCAGAUGGUUGCAGUGACACAGAUGGUUUCACCCGUGGAGCAAUUCGAAGCAGCUUUGGUGUAAUCCGUUUUGCAUCAAGGAAGAAGAAAAAAAAAAAAAGAAGAAAAUCACUGGACAUGGCUCAUGGUUCUCCCUUCUGCUGAUAAUGAAUGCUCUCUUUGUUCAAAGUGUGGCUACUGUACCUAGCCUUUUUUGAUCCUGAGUGACCACGGCAUUCAGUUUUCUUUUGGUUCCUGUUAUUCCUUUUUUUUUUUUGACCCCGGGCUAUACUGAACAUCUAGUCCAAGCCAACUUUUUACAAAAAAAUUGAAAAAAAGAUACAAAAAAAUAAAUCUAUGGAAAAUACAUUCAAAUUGUUCUGUGCAAUAACAGUAAUAUGCAGAUUUUUUUUUUUUAAUUAACAAAAUUUCGUUGAUGUUGAAUUGUUGAAAAUAUGGUAUGUUGUAUUAAACAAUCUAUGGACUUUUUUAAA